UGUACUACCGAUAUAAAUGAGUGUGCGGAAAGUUCACCAUGCCAAUUUGGCAAUUGCAUAAAUACAGUAGGAAGCUAUCAAUGUCAGUGCAAUCCUGGAUAUACUGAUAGAAAUUGUACAACAAAUAUUAAUGAGUGCCAGAGUCAGCCGUGUCAAAAUGGUGGAACUUGUGUUGAUGACAUUAAUGGUUUUAACUGCACCUGUUCAGUUGGCUUCAAUGGCACAUUUUGCCAGGCAAAUAUAAAUGAUUGCGAGCCUAAUCCUUGUACUGAGCUUAAUACUGUUUGUUUAGAUGGAAUAAAUAAUUAUACAUGUCAAUGUCAACCUGGCUAUAGCGAAGAAACUAACGGCUCUUGCUUUGAAAUUAAUGAGUGUAGCUCAUCACCUUGUGUCAAUGGCGGUAGUUGCGUUGAUCAGAUUAACUUCUAUACUUGUGAUUGUUUAAAUGGUUAUACCGGCAGUAACUGCGAAUCUGAUAUUAAUGAAUGUCAAUCCAAUCCGUGCGUAAAUGGCACAUGCCAACAUUACGUUGACUACUUCAACUGCACCUGUUUUGCUGGUUUCAAUGGUUCACGUUGUGAAGUUGAAAUCAAUGAAUGUCAAAUUAAUCCUUGUCAAAAUAAUGGAAAUUGCACUGACUUCAUUAAUGACUACAAAUGUAACUGUUUGUCUGGUUACACAGGUAAAAAUUGUGAUUUAGAUUUUAAUGAAUGUAAUACCAGUAGCAAUCCUUGCCUCAAUGGAGGUUUAUGCAACAACUUUCUUGGCGGUUACAGCUGUAAUUGUACAACAGCUUUUAAUGGAACUAACUGUGAGACAAGACUUGAUUUAUGUGCCCCAAAUCCGAACAUUUGCCAAAAUGGCGGUAGCUGUCGAACAAAUUACAAUCUGAAUAAAGCAGAGUGCUUAUGUCCUAAUGGUUGGAGUGGUGAUUAUUGCACGUUUCAAGUUAACUUUUGCAUUUCUAAUCCUUGCCAAUAUGGUAGUUGUCAAUCUCAAGUUGGUUCAUAUAAGUGUAAUUGCAAUGUAGGCUUUACUGGAACCCGGUGCGAAACUAAUAUUAAUGAGUGCCAAUCAAUGCCUUGCCAAAAUAACGGAACCUGCUUUGAUGGUAUAAAUUCUUACAAUUGCAGUUGUGCCGAUGGCUAUAAUGGGACUCAUUGUGAGCAAAGAGUUUUCUACUGUAGAAAUCAGCCUUGUACGAACGGUGGUUCAUGCAUUGAAUUAUCCAAUAGCUACAGAUGUGACUGCCUACCUAAUUAUACUGGCUUAAAUUGUGAAUCCUCUAUCCAGUAUUGCCAACCUAAUCCAUGUGUUAAUAGUGCUAAUUGUACUGAUACAGGUUUUGGCUAUAAGUGUUCUUGUAGUUUUGCCUAUACUGGCCAAAAUUGUAGCAGCCGCAUCGAUUUCUGUAAUCCAAAUCCUUGCGUUAAUGGUAAUUGUAUGGAU